AUGGCCGAAACAACCGUUAACAUGAGAGAUAGGCUAGCCAAAAUGGCCAUUGAUGGGCUCGUAGCUACAGCAGUUACCAUCGGUUAUAAACUCGACCUCUUUAAAGCCUUGGCAGAGAUUUCGUCUCCCGAAAAUCCAACUACACCAAAGUUAGUAGCUGAAAAGGCUCAUUGUAAAGAGAGAUAUGUAGCAGAGUGGCUUGCAGUCAUGGCUACGGGAAAUAUCAUUGAAGUCAGUCCCGAGGAAAAAUUCUGGAUAAAGCCCGAAAAUGUCCAUGACCUCACGGUCGACAAUCAAGGACUCUCUCAGUGUAUGUACUUGCCUUGUUUCCUAAAACCCUACGAAAACUUGCUUGAAGUAUUCCGCGAGAACGGACCACCUGGCUUGAAGUAUUCGGAUUACAACGAUUUCUACGAUGUCAUGAACAGAGAGAGCAAAGUAUUUCACAAAGAGCAUUUCAUAAAGGACUUUUUGCCAUCUGUUAGCCCCAGUCUGCCAGAUGAGCUGACUAAAGGUUGCAAGAUGGUGCUCGAUGUUGGUUGCGGAUCAGGCUUCCAUUCGGCUCUAUUGGCUGAAGCUUUCCCUGCUUCCAAUUUUACAGGCAUUGAUGUCACUUUGGAAGCCAUUUUGGCCGCCAAUCAACAAAGAGUUGAUGAAGGUUUGACAUUCGAAAAUUUGGCUUUCAUUAAAAUGGAUGGAGGUGAUAUGGAUGCUGAUUGGACGGAGAAGUACGAUUUGGUUUUGAUUGUUGAUGCCUGUCAUGAUCAAAUGCGCCCAGAUAAGUGUUUGAAAGAGAUUCACAGAGUCCUGAAACCUGAUGGUAUAUUCGCAAUGCUUGAAAUCAAAGGAACAAGUAACAUAUAUGAAGACAAGAAAAAGUAUGGUGAUAUUGCUACAAGUAUAUUAUGCUCCUCAAUGUUCCAUUGCUUGCCUGUUGGAAGUAACUCCGAAGAUGCGUUGUGCCUAGGAGCAAUGUGGGGAUCGAAAAGGGCAAUUAAGCUGCUGAAUGAAUGUGGGUUCACUAACGUUUUAGCCAUGAAUAAGACGUUGCUUCUUCUUCUUGUUGUGGGAAUCAGUGCCGUCUUGGCCGACAAUAACUAUGGAAUUACUUGUCAAUUCUGUAAAGUACAACUGGCUUCAAUGACUGAAACAAUACAGGGAAAUCCUGAUAUGAUGAGUCAAAUGGGAGAUUCUGCUUCUCAGGGCUGUGAUCAAAUACCAAACAAAGAUAUGAGAAAGGCAUGCCGGGAAACUCUAGAUGACAACUUUCCGUUAUUCUUACAGAAAUUCCUGGAAGAACCAGACACAUCAGCCGCCGACUUCUGCAAGCAGAUGGGCUAUUGUUUUUGA